AUGUCCGAUCCCGAUACUUUUACUAGAGGCGUAGUACAUUCAUUCUUUUCAACGAUGUUUACAAUUUUUAUUUUGAUAUCCUAUUAUUUAUGUUCGACGACCAGUCCAGGAGAAUUUCAAGACACUCUCUCACCUUCAUAUUAUUUAAUCUAUCCAAUAUCAGAUCAUACAGAAGAGAAACGAUUCUGUAAUAAAUGUAAUGAGCUUAAACCAGAAAGAGCACAUCAUUGUAGUAUUUGUAAAAAAUGUGUACUUAGAAUGGAUCAUCAUUGCAUAUGGAUUGGAAAUUGCGUUGGAGUAUUCAAUCAUAAAUACUUUGUACUCUUUUUAUUCUACUCCUCCAUAUCAAUCAUUUAUUUCUUUUUAUUGUUAAUUGCACGAGCUACCCAAGUUUUAAGUUUUCAAUCAGAUGAAAAUUCUUUACCAGUUAUAGAUCUUUCACAUGUUAUCAUUUCAGGUUUAUUAUUGGUCAAUCAAGUAACUCCCACCAAGAAAUACGAUAAGGGUUUGAUCAACAACUUAUCAUCGGUGUUUGGUGAUUUUUCAUUUACAUGGCUCUUGCCAGUGCCUCCAAGUAUUCUAAAGAACAAUUAUGUCAAAAAAGGUGAUAUAUUCUUUGUUUAA